CCUUCACAAUCUCUUCUUAUAUACUGUGGGAACAGAAUAUCCUUCUUCCAUAGUCCGUUUCAUUUCAUAUAUGAGGUUGCUCUGUAAAAAAAAGAUAAGAUAUUUCCAGACAAGAAGAUGACUACCACAACCUCCUCCUCCACUUCCUCAUCACCACCACUUCUGCACACAUAUAAAGUCCUGAGACAUACACCGUUGAACAGAAUCUUCGCCGUAGUUUACACAACAGCAAUCUUAUCUUUGUUUGUGCACCAUUUCAUUAAUCUCCUGCACUCCUCUAACAGAACCACUUUCCUCCUUCACUUCACCUUACUAUUCUCCGAUGUAAUACUCUCGUUCAUGUGGGCGACCACACAGGCAUUCCGCUGGCGUCCCAUUCAUCGUACUGUGUACACUGAAAAUCUGACCCAAGUGAUCUCCAGUCGUGAUUAUCCAAAGUUGGACGUGUUUAUAUGUACUGCAGAUCCGUAUAAAGAACCACCUAUGGGUGUUGUUAACACGGCUUUGUCAGUUAUGGCUUAUGAUUAUCCACCUGAUAAGAUAUCGGUGUAUAUUUCUGAUGAUGGAGGAUCGGAGUUGACUCUUUUUGCUUUCAUGGAAGCUGCAAAGUUUGCUGCUCACUGGUUGCCUUUCUGUAAGAAGAAGAGUAUUGAAGAUAGGUCUCCUGCUGUUUAUUUCAGUUCUGGUCAUUAUACUCCAACCACACAUUCCGAGGAGCUUAAGAUGAUGUACGACACUAUGAAAAUGAAAGUAGAAAGUGCUGUCGAGAGAGGAAGUGUUGCUGAUGAAUACAUCAAAACUGAUGAACAACGCGAAGCUUUUAACGAAUGGACUGCUGAAUUUACACGGCAAAAUCAUCCUACUGUAAUCCAGGUUCUACUGGAGAACGGAAAGGACACAGACAUAACAGGCCUUGAGAUGCCAAACCUAGUUUACGUAUCCAGACAGAAGAGUAAAGCUUCACAUCACCAUUUCAAGGCUGGUGCCUUAAAUGUUCUGCUCCGAAUCUCGGCUACAAUGACAAAUGCACCAGUGAUCCUGACGCUAGAUUGUGACAUGUAUGCAAAUGACCCGAGCACACCUCUUCAAUCAUUAUGCUUUCUUGCAGAUUCAAAAAUGUCAAAAUAUGCUUAUGUACAAUUCCCUCAACGCUUUCAUGGGAUCAAUAAAAACGAUAUCUACGGGGGCGAAAACAAACGUUUAUAUCAAAUCAAUCCCGUUGGUAUGGAUGGGUUAGCAGGCACUAGUUACGUAGGUAGUGGCGCGUUUUUCCGUCGGCGAGCUUUCUUUGGUGGUCCUUCCUCAUACGUAUCAGCUGAAAAGCCAGAACUGAACCCUGACUACGUUGCAGAUAAAGUCAUUCAUUCAGAAGUAGUUCUGAAAAUGGCUCAUAGUGUAGCUGGUUGUGAGUUUGAAAAUGGUUCCAAAUGGGGUCAUAAGAUUGGUUUCAGAUAUGGGUCACUGGUGGAAGACUAUUUCACAGGUUAUCAGUUGAACUGUGAAGGAUGGGACUCAGUAUUCUACCAUCCAGAUAGGGCAGCCUUCUGGGGUGACACCCCUAUCAGCUUUGAUGGUUCAUUGAGCCAAAACAAAAGAUGGUCAGUCGGCACCCUUGAAGUGGCUUUCUCUAAAUACAGUCCAAUUAUUUUUGGAACCAAAGCUAGAGGCAUACUAAUGGGUUUAGCUUAUUCCCAUUACGCCUUUUGGGGUACUUGGUGCAUUCCUAUCACCGUCUACGCUUUCGUACCUCAACUUGCUCUCCUCAACGGAGUUUCGCCAUUUCCAAAGGUAUCCGAUCCUUGGUUCUACUUGUAUGUGUUCCUUAUCCUUGGAUCAUACAUGCAAGACUGCCUAGAUUUUAUGUCAAUAGGAGGAACAUUUCAAAGAUGGUGGAACGAUCAAAGAAUGUGGUUGGUCCGAGGAAUCUCAUCUUACUUAUUUGCAUCCAUCGAUUUCUUGGCCGAGUCGUUCGGCGUCUCUAGCUUUGGAUUCAACAUAACUAGUAAAGUAGUAGACGAUGAACAGAACAAACACUAUGAACAAGGUGUUUUCGAGUUCGGAGUCGCGUCGCCUUUGUUUGUACCGUUAACAAUGACAUCUAUUAUCAGUUUCGUCGCGUUUUCUGUCGGUAUGACGAGAGUGAUUUUGGGGAAUGCAAAAAUGGAAGAGGUUUUGAUUCAGCUGGUUUUAUCUGGGUUUUGGAUGGUGAACUGUUGGCCAGUUUAUGAAGCUAUGUUAUUGAGGAGUGACAGAGGAAGAAUGUCUUUGAAGACGACGAUUAUGUCUAGUAUUCUAGCAUUUGCUUUGUAUUCAGUAUCUUGUUGUCUGUCAUUCAGAAUAUGAAGAAGGGACUGGUUGUGUUGUGUAGAAAUCUGUUAAAUAAUGCACGAGUUCUUGCAGAAGAACUAUUAGUACACUUGCUAUUCACCUCUCUUAUUAUUUUCUCUAUUUUUUAGAAGCUGAAAUAAUUUGUGGUUGCACUUGA